AUGCCGUUAACAUCUGUAGUACAUUUCUUUUCUCUUAUCAUUAUUAUAAGUUUUUUCCCAGAGACUGGUGUUAUUUACGGAAAAUUUGGAAUGAAAAUGAUAUUCCUGGAAACUAGGCCUGGACUUGGCCUCACAGUUACGGCGAAGGACUCUUGAAUAGCAUAGCAAUGACCGAAGAUCAGAAGAUGGUUCCUGGCAUACAGAGUGUGAGUUUGCAUUAUGGCAGUGCAUCUAAAAAUAAAGAGCAAGAAGAUUCUAACAAUGCAGAAGUGAUGCGGGAAAUACCCAUCAAAUUCCAGCAGACAUCUAGCGGAAGUUACAUUUUAGACACCAUAAAGUACGCAAUGUCUUCGGGAAGGUCGGAUACAACGUUCAAACCUCCAAAAAUACUCAUUGACGAAAAUGACGAGAAGCCUCUUCCCUUAUAUAAAUACCACAUACCAACAAGUUCUUUUCAGAAAGUAGUAUUAUCUGUGGGAGCUGCUACUGCGGCACUCUUGGACCCUCGGCGAGCUGAUAUGGUAGCAGUUUUAGGUGAAACGACUGGUUAUGCUGCACUUUCGAAGCUUUUUUCUAGCAUGAUUCAGGAUACAGAGGGACAGCAGAUUUUGCUAGAUAAACCAAGGAUCAAUAGUUCUAUUCUGAAUUUAAAUGAACUAGCCAAGCUUCCAGAAGGAACUUUGGGACAUGCAUACAUUAGAUUUUUAGAAGACAACCAAGUCACUCCAGACUCAAGACUACCUGUUCAGUUUGUGGACGAGCCAGAGUUGGCCUAUAUUAUGCAGCGGUACCGUGAAGCUCAUGAUCUCUUUCAUACAGUUCUUGGAAUGCCUACUAACAUGUUGGGUGAAGUGACAGUUAAAUGGAUUGAGGGGAUACAAACUGGAUUACCAAUGUGCAUAGGCGGGGCUAUAUUUGGUCCUUUGCGUUUUAAGCCAAAACAACGUCAAAAGUACAUCUCCACAUAUCUUCCUUGGGCAAUAAGAGUUGGGAAAUCAUCAAAACUUUUAAUGAAUGUGUAUUUUGAAAAAAGAUGGGAACAGUCACUGGCAGAGUUACGACAAGAAUUGGGUAUUGAAGAGCCCCCUAUCUAGGUUUUCCUACAAGACAUAUUUCAUAUGCAUUAUAAUGGACUGUACAUACUGUAAAGUGAAGUCUAUAGAUAUUUUG